AUGACUAAAUGCAGCAAAGGACGACAUGGACAUGUCAAUUAUAGAGACUCUAAGUUAACACGCAUACUACAACCCGCCUUGGGAGGCAAUGCGAGAACUGCCAUUAUUUGCACCUUGAGUCCUACAAGAAGCUAUAAUGAGCAAUCAAGAAAUACCCUUUUGUUUGCCCGCUGUGCUAAGGAAGUGACAACAAAUGCUCGGGUCAAUGUAGUGAUGUCUGAUAAAGCCUUGGUGAAACAUCUGCAAAAAGAGGUAGCUCAUUUGAAGAGUGAGUUAAGAACCCCUGGACCAGCUUGUGAUCAUAUUGCAUUGCUAAGAAAGAAAGAUAUGCAGAUUGAAAAGUUAGAGAAAGAGGUGGGGGAACUAACCAAGCAACGAGAGCUUGCUCAAUCCCGGGUUGAGGAUUUAUUGCAAGUGGUUGGAGAUGACAAAACUUUAUGGAAAAAGGAUACUAUUACCUGUUCUCAUAGCCGCCCUCUCACGUUGGCAAUAAGCAACAGCAUGAAAGCUCUUAGACGUGAGAGGGAGGUGCUGAGAAGGCUUAUGUAUAAAAGGUAUACCCGAGAUGAAAGAUACCAAAUUUAUCAGAAAUGGGGCAUAAGAAGAAAUUCGAAGCAAAGGAGGUCACAGUUAGUACAUCGCCUUUGGAGUGACCCUAAAGAUAUGGAUCACAUUGGAGAUAGUGCUGCUAUUGUUGCAAAGCUGAUUAGAUUCUCAGAUAAAGGGAAAACCCUUAAGCAGAUGUUUGGCCUUAGCUUCAUUCCACCAUGCAAAAGUCCAAGAUCCUUCAGCUGGAAAAAGAGUGUGAAAUCACUUUUGUGA